CCAGCGUAAAUAUGCUACUUCCUAUUACGUGCGGAGCGUACUCCACUCCCUGUCCCUCCCUCCCCCCUCCUCGAUCCCGGCAGCUAUCACCGCCGUGGCGUCCCGUUCGCGCCGCUCGCCGCUCUCGCUCGCCCGCGACGCAAUCAAUGCCACCCACCGCCCCGGCCGCCUCGCCGUACGUACCCCGUCCUCGCCUUCCACCACCGGCAGGCACCAGCUAACUAACCGAUCUGUCUCGCUCACUCGCCGUCCGGCCGUCCGGCCACCGUCCCCGCCGCGCCGCGUUACGCCCCGGGUGGCUGUACACUGCCACCUCCCGCCCGCUGCUUUAUUCGGUCCUCCUCUCCUCUCCUUCCUGAGCUCAGUAGUGAGCUGUGCUGGCUGGCGUCCUCGUCGUUGUCGUCGUCGUCGUUUUGACCUCGGCCGCCUCGCCCUGACACGCGCAGGUGCGCACUGCUGCAACCCCUGCAGGCGAGGAUGUCCCACUGAUGAGAGCUCUCGCUGGCUGCCGCGGCUCGCCCGCUACCUGCUCGAUAAAAGUCGCAGCUAGGUCAGUUGCUGAGCUCUCGCCAUUAAACGCUCCUCGUCCUCCUCACCAGGUUCCAUUAGUUCGAUUGGUCGCCUCGCCUUGCCUCGCCUCGCACUGCAGCGCGCGAGCAGAGGCCAGAGGGAGAGCGCCAUUGGCGGUGGUUCCUCGGCGGCUCCCAUCCUAGGCUCAUGCCUACUCCCCUGCUCCCGUUUUGGCUGAAACUUUUUGGCAACAUUUCUCGUCGACGUCGAGGGGCUUGGAGCCACCUGCUUGUCCGUUGCGGCGUCGUUGCAGUCCCCUCACUGGCUGUAGCAAAAGUUCCAAUCUUGGAGGUACUCAUACUCUCUUCUGCUCUCUCUCUCUCUCUCUCUCUCUCACACACACACACUCACGCACGCUCACUCAUCCAUCUCUUCACGCAAUGCUUGGAUUUUGUCCCUGGGUAUCCGUUUGCUCCUCCUUGUCCUCACACCUUGCACUCAUGCGGUGUGGGCGUGAAAAGGAGAAACCUUUCGCGGUUCCUGGAGCAAGAUAGCGUCGCACACUUCUUGUCAGCCCAUUUCUCUCUCCCUCUCUCAUUUCAUUUCACCCUCAUGUGGCUGACCUGGCUCACUGAGCAAAAGGGCUUUGCAUUUUGCUCGGAGUCUUUGAAGGUUGUAUAUUUGUAUGGUCACGAAAAUGCAGAUUUUGGAGGCACACGUCUGGUAAUUUCUCGAGAGCUCAAGUCUUGGUGAGGUGACCACUGACAAGCAGCAGCAGAAACAGCAGCAAAGACUCAACCUUUUUUUUUUCUUGGGCGCUUCAGUCUCGGCUUCUUCUUCUUCUCUCUGCCGCUGGUAGCGCUGGGCGAGCACGCUGCAGUGACGGGAGUUCUGGCGGUUUAGCUCGAGGGUUAAUUGGAGUUCUCGGCUGGAAUGGAGAGCCGUGGGAGGCGGCCACGGAGCCCGGAGCGGCAGAGGCCGGCGGCGCGGAAGGUGCCGGUGGUGUACUACCUCACGCGGAGUCGUCACCUUGAGCACCCUCACUUCGUCGAGGUGCCGGUCUCCUGCCCGGAGGGGCUCUAUCUCAGAGAUGUGAUUAACCACCUUAACAUGGUACGCGGCAAGGGCAUGGCCGCUAUGUACUCGUGGUCCUGCAAGAGGAGCUACAAGAACGGAUUUGUGUGGCAUGACCUUGGAGAGGAUGAUCUCGUCCACCCCGCAACCGACGGCGAGUACGUGCUUAAGGGCUCCGAGCUCUUGGAUCAACAACCUUCUUCAGGCCAAUUUUAUCAGGGUACUAACGGAAACCAAAAGCAACAGAGCAGGCUGAAAGAAGGUGCACGAUUACCUUUGCCUAGGGAGACUUCCUAUUCCUCCUCUCCUCCUAGUGUGAUAGUUAGAGAAGCUAAGCUACCACGGCGGUCACCUUCGAUUCCUUCUCUAGAAGAGGAUGACUCACCAGUGCAAUGCAGAGUUACCUCCCUGGAGAACAUGUCACCGGAGUCGGAGCCUCAACGAACUCUCUUGUCAAGGGCCGGGUCUGCGAGUCCUGCAGAAUUCAGAGUCUACAAGCCCACUGGGUGUGUGGAUGCUGCAACUCAAACUGAUGACCUUGGAAGGAGGUCGGUCCGGAAAGUGCCUGAGAUGCACAAGAAGAGUUUGAGCACUGAUCAUGAUUCUGUAGUCCGGGAAAUUACUGAGUACCGGCAAAGUCAUCCACGCCGGUCAGCAGAGCUCCAAGGGAUUGCCAGGGAGGCCAUGUCCCAGUGUCAUACUCCAUUGAGCAUAGCUUCCACCCGUGGCAAGUCGGAGAGUUUAGAGUCCUUGAUACGGGCUGAUAACAAUGCAUUCAAUAGUUUUAGGAUUCUUGAAGAGGAUGACAUUAUUGUGCCAACCUGCCCCAAGCUAAGGCCAGCGAAUGUACUAAUGCAACUUAUCACCUGUGGUUCACUUUCGGUGAAAGAUCAUGAGAAUAUCGGACUUGUUGAGGGAUACAAGCCAAAGUUCCCAAACCUGAAGUUCCCGUCACCGUUAAUUUCUCGCACCAUGAUGAUGGGCGAGCUUGAUUAUCUCUCAGAGAAUCCCAGAUUAAUGGGUAUGCGCCUGGAAGACAAGGAAUACUUUAGUGGGAGCCUUAUUGAAACUAAGAUGCAAAGAGAUGUACCAGCUGACAGAUAUUCCGCACUUAAACGUUCUUCUUCCUACAAUGCAGAAAGGAGCAACGAGACACUAGAUUGCGCGAGGCCUGACGAAGAUACCGUCAAUGCAUCUCGCACAAGGUGCCUUCCUCGGACGCCAAUACUAUCAUCCUUCCUGCACCCCAAGAGCGAGGCGCUGAAGUCCCCGAUGUCCGACUGCCGGAGGAGCUCCUCGGCAGGGCCAGACUGCAGCUUGGCUUCAUCAGGAGACGGCAGCAAGAGAUUCACCGACGCCUCAGUAGCACCGGGCAGCAGGAUAGAGUCUUUCAGGAAGGAGGAGAAGCUCGUCAAGAUCGAAGAAAGGCUGUCGUCCGGAGCUCGGGUUGUGAUUCAGUACACGGUGCCCUGCAACGGCGACAGCGAUGAAGGCUGAGCUCGCAAAUCGGUCGGCCGUUUUGGGUUAUUCACAUAGAGCUCUCUUGAGAGAGCGAGAGCGAGAGAGUGAGCAAGUUACUGACGGAAGAAAAUGCCUCCCGUUUCUUUCUUCAGAUUGAGCUGCUAAGUUUGGAAUUUCAUGCAAUUCAGUUAGCCUAGUGAAUUAUUUUCUCCUCUUGUCAAAAUCUCCUGUUUCCUUAUCUGUAAGUGCCUGCCUUUAAAAUGUAAUAUAAAGAUUGUUCUUUGGUUAAAAAAAUGUAAUAUUGUCCGUGUUUUCUUUCCUA